UCGGAGCUAUGCUGUGCUCCGAACACCUAAAAAAAAAAAAACGAACAAUAACAAAAGGUGUUCGGAGCUAUGCUCUGCUCCGAACACCUAAAAAGAAGAAAAAAACCGAACAAAAAUAAGAGGUGUUCCGGGCCGUUGCCCCGAACACCUAAAAAAACGAACACCAAUAUGAGGUGUUUUACAGUACAUUCUACAUUAUGUCAUAAGCUAAUUUAACUUUGUCUGAUUUUAGGGAGCUGUGCCUUUAGGAAAUGCAACUCGAGACCACAUCAACAACCUUGGUCUGAGUGUUGGGCAAGUUGUGUAUCGAUGUCCUAAGUGUAUUAGCAUCAAACCAGAGAGAGCACAUCAUUGUAGCAUAUGCAGACGAUGUAUCAAAAAAAUGGAUCAUCAUUGUCCCUGGGUUAAUAACUGUGUUGGAGAGAGUAAUCAGAAGUUUUUUGUCUUAUUUACGCUUUAUAUAAUGCUGAUGUCUUCGCAUGCCUUAAUGCUAGUGCUUUUCCAUUGCCUCGGUUGUAUCAACUCACAAUGGGGACCUGAAUGUACAUACUUCUCUCCUCCUGCUACAAUAAUAUUGAUCCUCAUCUUAACAUUUGAGGCCUUACUCUUUGCCUUGUUUACGGCCAUUAUGUUUGGAACUCAAGUACAUUCAAUUUGUACUGAUGAAACAAGCAUUGAGCAACUGAAGCAAGAGAAACCUACAUGGGUGAAGAAGUCUCGCUGUAUAUCAAUGCAGACAGUAUUUGGUCAAAAACUUUCUGUGGGGUGGCUCAAUCCAUUCGUCUCCCCUCAGAGGCAAUGGGGUAAAGAAGACCCGUAUAUGUAUAGUGUAUGACAAGACCCAACGACGCUUAAAGGUAUGGCUUACUGGAGUGUAUGACAAGACCCAAUGACGCUCAAAGGUAUGGCUUACUGGAGUGUAUGACAAGACCCAACGACGCUUAAAGGUAUGGCUUACUGGAGUGUAUGACAAGACCCAACGACGCUCAAAGGUAUGGCUUAUUUACUGGAGUGUAUGACAAGACCCAACGACGCUCAAAGGUAUGGCUUACUGGAGUGUAUGACAAGACCCAAUGACGCUCAAAGGUAUGGCUUACUGGAGUGUAUGACAAGACCCAAUGACGCUUAAAGGUAUGGCUUACUGGAGUGUAUGACAAGACCCAAUGACGCUUAAAGGUAUGGCUUACUGGAGUGUAUGACAAGACCCAACGACGCUCAAAGGUAUGGCUUACUGGAGUGUAUGACAAGACCCAACGACGCUCAAAGGUAUGGCUUACUGGAGUGUACGACAAGACCCAACGACGCUCAAAGGUAUGGCUUACUGGAGUGUAUGACAAGACCAAAAGAUUUUCAAAGGUAUGGCUUACUGUGGAAAUUUUUUGACAACCCUCACGUUAAAUCCCUGAUCAUGAUUGGUCAACAACAUCCCAACAUACAAGACUGUCACCAUUUGUUUGCACAUUUAAAAGCAUUUUGCACUUUUAUAAGCAAUGUUGCACUGCAUAUAAAAUACAACAUGCAUGAACAAUUCUUCUGACCAGCUGCACUCAGCAUCACAAUAACUGUAUGUGUUAAAGUUAUGCCAUCCUUUAGACAUAAAUAACAUUUACAAGGUAUGUAGCAACAAAUUCAGUUUGUAAAAGUUGCAACAAGGUUUAAAUGUUUCCCCCCUCACUUUUUUACCAGGGACAUGAUUUUGUUUUAUCCCAUACUAAUAAAACACAGAAAACAUAAAAUACAUGUAAAGUACGUCAGCAACCCAUAUAUUGAGGCAAACAUGUCAAUAAAGUGCCAUUACACAUUUCUUCCAAAGCCAUGUGUGCGUGUAAAUAUCAAUGUCCCAUAUUUUUUAAAGAUGCAUAUUUUGUACAAUACCUAUUCCCUACAUGACAGUGAUUAAGUCGGGUGCGCACUGUGGAUGCUGUGGGUGAUAGGUCUGCAUACUGAAAAGUUGUUGUUUUAUAUCAAGUGAUUGUCUAAAUUAUGUCUCUUACUGUGUAUUCAAAGUUCGCGUAUUGAUUUAAUUCAGGAUUGUAUUUUAUUUGGGAGAAACGAUUCUCUGAAGAAAUGAAGAAACUGGACCAAAUUUAAGUUUAGAGCCCCGACCUCAAAAAUUAAACUUACCAAUUAUAAACCAUGCUAAAGAGGUUUGGAAUAACUUUCAAUCGUGCAAAUUUUUCUGUUUGGGAAACAAAAUUCAGAGUUUGAAUUCGGUGCUCAUAACCGCUCGGCCACAACACAUUUAAUGUCGUUUUGAUCGAAUAUUAUUGAAAGUCGGGAAUGAACCUCUGUACAAAAAUGUACAAAUCCAUUUCUCUCGGAAUGAAAUUUGUAAUGUUUUGCCUAAUGUUUCAAACUAAACCAUUUAAACUUGAGGUCAGUUAUAUAAAGUUGAUGCUUGUCGGGGGGCCAAGCUUGGCUCAAGAUGUUUCCAUUGCUCUAAUUUUGCCUUCCGGUGUUUUCAGUUUCUCUUGUUUUAAGCCAAUUAUGAUCAAGUAAUUUGCCCUGAUGCAUGAGAACUGUAAACCAUGGUAGUGCAUGAGCAAUUAAUGGGCUGCCUUUGUAUGUUUUAUAAUAUCUUAUAGCUCGUUAGUGUGUACAUGUACAGGUAUAUAUAUAUAUAUACAGGUAUAUAUUAUUACAUAUUUCCUCUGGCAUGCCGUGGAUAUGGUUUAUCAACAUAUUUGACAAUGAUGACAACCACAAUGAUAAAGUUUUUAAAGUUAUUAGUACAUGAUCAAUUUGUAAUGAUAGUAUUACAUACAUUUAUGAAGAAUCCUGUGCAAAUUUUCUAAAAUCAGAGAGUGUUUUGAUUUCUUAUUGCAUAUGCACAAACGCUGUUGUUCAGCUUUGUUCUGAAAACCGGACAAAUUUAUUUGAUCAAAUGUUUACAGUUUGAUUUAAAGAAAGAUAUAUUGAAAACAAGAUGAAUUUGCUUAAAUAACAACCAAACUAGUUUUCACAAGCCUUGAAUAGAUUACAUUGACUUUAAUAAGUCUUGUUCGCACUGGACUAAUAUUUUUGGUAACUUAACCAUGACGCUGGGUAACACUCCGACGGGUUAACUUUCCCACCGUCCGCACUUGGAUUUAUUUGAC